AUGUUCCUGCAUCAAAAUCCGAGCAAAAGUUCCAUCUCACCAGCCAUGGAUUUUCACCCCAGCGAGCGUCCAUCCGAGGGCGAUCUCUUCACAUUCGAGCGAUUCGAUAAGGGCUAUGACGCGGAAGAUAUAUGCUGUGCUAUCUGCGGUGCUCCCGGCUUUGUGAGUUCCGUCCCCCUGAAAAGUAAUAGCCUACUUAUAAAGAUCAAGGUGGUAGAAGCAGAAGUGCGAGACAGAAAUCUUGAACGAUAUAAGUGGUUUGUACCGCAGGCUAUCCGAGCUGAGAAUUAUCACUAUGAGAAAGAUUGGGAUAUUGCCAGCCUGCCAAAUCAUGAUCUACUGCUAGAAGUACUCGGCAUAGAUGAGACCGAGACCGACGGUGUGCACUAUGGGGAGCAGCUAUUGAGACUAGAACCCGUCCGUUAUGGGGAACACUCGUCGAAAUUAGUCCACCAUCUAUAUGCAGAGUACCCCUAUAUAACAGUACAUGCGGAAUGUCUUGAUAUGAUGCGAUAUCUGGUAGACUAUCGCCAGGCUCUUCUAAAAGCCGAAGUAUCAGUUCACCCAAUGUGUCCCACAACCCUCAGCCAGUUCUAUGAAGUAUUUGAACAGCGGUUAACUAGGGUACAUUCCGAUCAUCCUCUCGGACGUAACGGCUCGUUUAACCCCCGUCGCAUAGUUCAGCCACAUUGCUAUUACUUCCGGGAUACUGAGCUCUUUGAUAAUGUCGCGUGGGCUUUUGGGGAGCAAAAGGCCUACGAAUACGAAAUGGCACCAUUGCCUAUACCAGGACUUACUCAAGAGAUUCUUUCAUAUCUGCAACCUCUGCCACUGUCCCUCCAAGAACAAUCACAAUCUGGAUGCUCUCUUGAACUAGAGACACUGCCUAUCGAGCUCCAAGAUAUAGUUUAUACAAAUUUACAUCCUUUCAUCAAUCCCGAGCAGACAUGCACCCGCCGUUUACCACCAAGACUGUGGCGUGACUUACUUUUCAAUCGGCAGAUCUUGCCCUGGCUGUGGGAUUUGGAUAUCUCCGCCCUACAGAGCUGGCCUGUGACAUGUGCAGCAGACAGUUGGGAUUGGGAGCGCCUUGUUCGCACCCUUGCACAAGUGGAGAUAUUUGAACCGGGGCACCCGUUAGAGCAUGCUCCCCUCCGCCUGCGGAAUCGCCGGCGGAUCUGGAGACUGCUCGAGGAGGCCGAAAAGGAAGAUAUUGAGGAGUGGCUCGAUGCUCACGUAUAUAAGAGAAAAUGA